GAUUUAGCCAUCCACACAGACGCGUUCACUGCGUUGACCACUAGUGCAACCGCUGCUCGCUGCCUGUCAGUAACUUUUGUGUUCACGUUUCUUGUUGCGAACUUGCAGUCGUAGUGUUCAUGAGUUCCCUGGGCGUCUCCGCGGCGAUACAGUUGACCCGAACAUGCCGUUGAAGUGCAGCGUGCCUGGGUGUCGUGGCAACUACACGCGGGAAACCAAGGCGCGCGUCUUUAAGUUUCCCCAUGACCAAGAGUUGCGGGCAGCGUGGAUACGGGCUAUACCGCAAAAAGAUUUCGUUCCUUUAAAGUGCUCCACGGUCUGCGAACUUCAUUUCACGGAGAGCGACAUCCUUCGGGAGAGUACACAUACAGACUUUGCUACCGGGCGCGUGAUUACGGUGCCGUUGUUGACAGCCCGCCUUCGCCCGAAAGCAGUUCCAUCCAAGUUUUCUGAGGACCUAAACUCCAGGAAAGCUCGUUCACGGCGAAAGCGUCUAGGUGCUGCUGCAAGAGAGAAAGCGGUCGCAGAGUCCAUUGAUAAUGUGCUCGAGGCGGUUCGCAGUGAGGGGGAAACUGACAGAAACUUAAGCGUAACGGACAAAAGGCAACUGCGGCCAAGGCAAAAACGUCAGUAUGUCGAUGCAAUGCACGACGAAGACCCCAUCGAGACUGCACGUAAGACAUCUUGCAGUCAGGAAGAAACAAAUGGGAAGGGCAGUGUAAAAGACCAAGAUGCAGGACGAAGGCAUCCGAGGAAAAGCCGUCCAAGGCAAGAGAGUUCAGAUUCCGAUUACAUGCAACCAGAUGUGAACAUGUCUAGCAGCGAGGAAGACGCAGACGGGAUGCUCAAUGAGAAAGACCCUAACUGGAGACAAAAGCGUCCAAGGCAUACGAGCCGGGAUUCUCAUGACAUCCAAAGAGCAAUUAACGAGUCCCUUGAAGAAGCAGACAAAAUCCUUGAUUUAAAAGAUCUAGCCGACCAUGUGAGAAAUAAACAGUGUUCCACAUUCUGGCACGCUGUUGAAGGCAGUGCACGCCUCCUUUUGGUGCACAUUGUCGAAGAUGAAGCACCAUGGAUCAAGUACUCUGUUGUGCUGAAAACGGACCUCACUCUUACCUGCCAUGUCGCUAAGACGCCGGUCACCAGGCUAGGAUCCAGUCUGUGCAUUCCAACCGCCGUGAAGAGCAAGAGGGCAUUGAUGGAGCUCCUUAAGAGCAUAGAGAAUUGGGACAGCAGCCUCAGCUCCACGUCUGACAGUUUAGAUGAAGACAUUGGUGAGGCUGUUCAUCUGCUGCCUGGCAAGUCGACCGCAACACCGACAGAAGACAAGGCCGCUGCCAUCCAGUUCCUCAGAGAGCAGUUCAAUCUACUGUCAACCAAAAAAGAGCGAAGGCGUUACUCAGUUGACUUCAUGGUGUUCUCCUGCAUCCUCUUCACAAUAUCACCUCAUGCAUACAAGUACAUCUGCAGCUCCGGCAACAUUAGUCUGCCUCACCCGAUGAUCAUCAGGUCGGUAUGCCUGUCCUUCGGGAUGAAUCCCCAGCUUUUGCCUCAAAGUACAACGUUCCUCAGGUAUGUGGCAAAGAGGAUCUCUGAUCUGGACGAUAAGCAACGCCUUGUGACCGUCAUGGUAGAUGAGGUCCACAUUAAACCUUUCCUUGAUUACAAAGGAGGCAGCACUACUGAUGUAGCUCUUAACUCCCCGGAAGUCGCCAGCAGUGUGCUUGUUUUUACAGUGCAAAGCCUCACGUGCCAAUUCAAGGAAGUUGCGCACAUUGUUCCCAUGCAACGGGCCGACGCACAGUUUCUGCACAAGUUACUGAUUGACUUGAUUUGUGGGCUGGAGAAGAUUGGGUACAGGGUUGCAUGUGUCGUAAACGAUGGCAGCUCCGUCAAUAGAGACGCAAUGUCUCACUUCACAUCGCCGCCAAAUGAAGGAAUUGUCUAUCCGCACCCGUCUGAUCCUGCAAGACCGCUUUUCUUUGUGAUAGAUCCUGUUAACAUACUCAAGUGCAUUCGUAACAGUUGGCUCGACCAAAGCAAUGACCUACUUUGCUUCUAUUUUCCCGAGUUCUACGCCGAGCCAACACGUGUGCAGCGUGUGCUGUCCGCAUCUUUUGCAACCAUCAGAGAUCUGUACAACUUGGAGAACUACCAACUGGUGAAGUAUGGCUACAGUCUAUCAAGGGAAGCCCUGUGUCCGGUGAACACUGAAAGGGAGAAUGUGAAAUUGGCUUUGCAGAUCUUCAACGACUCGCUGCCAAAGGUCCUUCGUGCCCUCGGAGCGAAGCACAACCUGCGGUUCUUUGAGGAGACAGCCAGUUUCAUCGAAAUCAUAGUGAAGUGGUGGAGAAUCGUGAAUGUCAAAGCUCCAGACACGGGAACGGCAUUAAGAGACCAGUUCCAAGAACCAGUGUUUCCUUCGGAGGACGAUCCCAAGGUGGAUUUCCUCUACAAGUUCCUGGACUGGCUGGACGAAUGGAAGGGCAAGGACCUUGACAGUGGGACGCUGACCAGCGAUACCCACGCUGCUCUCCAGCACACGACUCAUGCAUUGGUGGAGGUCGCCAGGUACUGCUUCACCGAGCUCAAGCUGUCUUUCAUCCUUCUGGGGAAGAUUCAGACCGACAACUUGGAAGAGCGCUUUGGAAACUCGAAACGCCCGGCCGGCCCCCGAUAUCACAACUCCAUAAGGCAGUUUCAUGAGGAUGAAGGUGAAUUACAGCCACAAGACAGUCUGCCGACAGUCGCUGCGGCCUGCGAAACAGAAAAUGAAGGAGAUGAGCAAUGGGAAGACCUCCACAAGCGAGAACACACGUUCCACCCUGGCAACACCGUAGGGGUGACCGGAGAGGCUCUGUCAAAGUUGGAAGACACCCUCCCGGUUCUUGUCUACGUGGCUGGAUAUGCAGUCCAUGCCACCCUGGAAAGGCUGAACUGUGUAAAGUGCAGACCAGUAUUGUCGGUAAACAAGGCGAUCACCAUUUCUGUUGCGCAGCAACACUUCAAGCUUGUCAAGGAAUUGGGCGGAAAAGGUCUUUUUCCAACAAUGUUUGCUAUAAACGCUGUUGCACACAGCUACAUUGUCGCUCAGGAACUGUCGAAGCAGGCCGAGUUUCUGAAAAUGCCGAACCAGCGCCAGCUUGUCACCGACCUCACGGUGGAUCUCCUAACCAACGGGGAGUCUUCGGACUUCGACGUCUGCGAAGACGGACACACUGCUGAAUUCGUGCUGAGGCAUGUGUUAUGGUGCAGCACAAGCAUUUUGCUGAAGAACUUCUUCUGCAGGAUGAACAAGAAAGCACUCUUGGUGGUGCUAACUCGUGUCGAUGUAAAUUAAGAACUUGAAUUAAGUACUGUAAGAUGCAGAGACCAUCAUAGUACCUACUUGUGUAAAUAUUCAUUUCCUUAGUUCCACGAAAACUUAGUGUGCUCCACGCUAACUGACAUCUCUAAAUAACUAUUCUUUACAGGUUUUCAUACCUCAAAUCUAGACCAUAAAAACCUGUUUUUCCUUUACGAUUCAGGUUGUUGCUACGAUGGUGCCUCUCCAAGCAGUUCCUUUAUUUCUUGUGAUGUCGCCUCUCCCUGCUGGCAGUCAUUCCUACUUGCUCUUUCAGACAACAAAUUUUGUGAUUCAAAAUAUAUGCUGCAACAUGUAUGCAUCACUAGAUAGGAUUCCUCAGUACAAAAAAUCCGUCUUGGGUAGCGCACUGCCAUUUUGGGACCAUUUCACAGCAGUUUUUUUUGGCCACUCCACGCCGAGUGGGCCGAACCAAAUUCACGAUAGGUUGUUCCAUAAAUCUUGUCUACCGACGUCUUUGUACGCCUGCAAUUGAUCACUUUAUCCAAGCAGCGAUCAUUCUUUAUUUAUCUCCAACAUCAAAACUUGCAGAUAAGCUUUUUCCCUUUGGUGUUAAAAAAAUGAUGUUUUCCUCCCCCCC